AUUUAAAUUUCGUUGGUUUCCGAUGGUUGCACACAGUUGAGAUGCAGGGAACUCCGUACACGUGCUGGCUCUGGAUUUUGGUUGUCGUGACAUUUUACGACAUUCCUAGAACCACGGGACACGGCUACCUGGUGGAACCUCCCCAGCGCUCCUCCCUCUGGAGACGGGGCCUCGGUCCGGAUAACUUCAAUGACAACGCCCUUAACUGUGGCGGAUUUAAGCGCCAGUGGACUCAGAAUGGCGGUAAAUGUGGUAUCUGUGGUGAUGCCUAUGAUCUUCCGCCACCCCGUCCUAAUGAGGACGGAGGGUUCUACGGAAGGGGGUUUAUCAUCAGAACCUACCGCUCCGGGGAAGAUAUUGAAGUUGUAGUCAAUCUAACUGCCAACCACUUAGGAUGGAUGGAGUUCAAACUUUGCCCCCAUGACAACACUGACCAACCUGUGACCCAGGAGUGUCUGGAUAAGAAUGUAUUACCUAUCGUAACCGAAAACCAAGGCAAGGGAAGCGUCACGAGGUUUUAUGUUGGGAGGCAGAAUUUGAUUUCUCUGAGGAUCCAACUGCCGACUGAUUUUUCAUGCCAAAAAUGUGUUCUGCAAUGGAAAUAUAACGCAGGUAACAGCUGGGGUUGUGGUGAUGACGGAUGCGGUGUGGGGCUGGGUCCACAGGAACAAUUCUACAACUGUGCCGACAUCAGCAUCCUCAGGAAGAUAAAAAUUAAAUAUAAGGAUUCUAGUGAGGAAUCCACAGACCACUCCAAAGAACCCGACAACAAAAAGUCUAGUGAAGAAAGCAACAACAACAAAGAUUCUAGUGAAGAAACUAGCAACAAAAAAUCUAGUAAAGAUACCAGUGAAAUAUCGGAGGACGACAUGGUUUCAAAAUAUAAAAGAAAAGGAAACAAAAAAUACAUUGACAUGGCUAAAAAUAAAGCCAAUCAAAUGAAGUGCCGCCCUACUAAGCGUUGGCGUUCAGUACCGGGAAUGGUUCAGUGGUGUUUAGAUAGUUGUCCAAAAUGUCCGACUUCACAUUGUAUAUGUCAAUUUAAAAAAUUAAAACUUUUAAACCUUUUGGUGUAAAAUACGUGUAACAUCCCUUUUUUAAAAUUUAUUUUGUAUAAUUUUAUACACUACACAAAAUUC